AAGCGUUUUCACGAACAGCAGAACUAGACGCCACUGAACAGCGGUUAGGUUACAAGUUAACACCUAUAAUGUAAUUUGCCAAGUAGCAGCUGAGCUAGAAGUGAGGGCUGGAGACCUCUAGUGCCCAGUACAGGAGGAAGCUCUGCCUGAGAGAGAGAGUGAUCCACAGGAGACUGAAGAGCUGGCAAUCGCUUUGGGAAAUUGGAAACAGGUCUGCCAAGAAUUCUCUAUUGCUUCCGUGCUCAGUAAGAUUUAACUGAUACGAUUUUUUUGGGACUGAGGGCUAAUUUCUCGCCAGGCUAUACCAUACUAUACUGCAUGUGAGAGGUACCAAGGCAGUGACGCUCAGCGGAGGAGCCUUAUUGAACUGUUCUAUAAGAUCCUUCAGAGGCGCUUACAUCUCCUCAUCUAUGCACAUUGCAACUAGGAAUGUCACAAUGGCUUGCAUAGGAUGCUUUGAAACACCCGAUUAUUGUUUUAUCUGAAUAGAUAUUCAUUCAUUUUCAAUUUAGCUGCCUCUUUUCAUGUAUUCAUCGUUCCAAUUUAAUUUGCUAAACGCUGAUUCAGAUUGAAAUAUCAUUUUUGGAAUUGUCACAUAUUUGGCCAGAAAAAAAUGCUAAACUCUUGUCAAAGUCUUUGGAUGGUGGUGUGUAUCGCUGGAUGUUUGUGGCACCUGACUGAUGGAAGCUUUGUGAGAAACCACCUCCGAUCAAGUUUUAUCCAGCGGAAACUGAGUGGCCGGGAGAAGCGAGAGAUGCAGAGGGAGAUAUUAUCCAUCCUGGGGUUGCCAGGGAGACCGAGACCUGCCAAUGGCGGACAGUUCCCAUCCUCAGCACCAUUGUUCAUGUUGGAUCUCUACCAUGCCAUGUGUAGCGAGGAAGAAGAGGACGGGGCACAAGGGGUGUCCCGGGCCAUAUUCACCACCCUGAGCACACAGAGCCCCCCUCUGGGUGCGGUCAUCAGCGAGGCUGACACGGUCAUGAGUUUCGUCAACAUGGUUGAACACGACAGAGAUAUCUUCCAUCAGAAACCAUAUUGGAAAGAGUUUAAGUUUGACAUGACCCAGAUUCCAACUGGUGAAUCAGUGACAGCUGCUGAGUUUCGACUAUUUAAGACUCGCAGUUUUCCACGCCAUUUUAACAGGACACUUCACAUCAGCAUCUAUGAGAUCCACCAAGAGCAUACAAAUCGCCAGCCUGAGUUAACGCUUCUGGACCAUGAAAGCAUACAAGCUGGUGAUGAAGGAUGGCUGGUCUUUGAUGUGACGGCUGCCAGUAACCACUGGUUGCUUCACUCAAAAUUGAAUUCAGGGCUGCGUCUCUAUGUGGAGAAUGAUAAUGGGCAGAGCAUUGAUCCAAGCUUGGCAGGCAUCUUAGGACGACGAGCCCCACGUUCCAAACAACCCUUUAUGGUCACAUUUUUUCGGGCAAGCAAAAAUCAGAUCAGAUCCACAAGGGCAAUUAAACAGCUCAAGAAAAGGCAACAGAAGAAACAUAACGACUUAGCACAUCCCAACAAACUUCCCGGUGUAUUUGAUCACGUGCAUGUUCCAGAUGGCAGACAAGUUUGCAGAAGACAUGAGUUGUAUGUCAGCUUUCGGGACUUAGGUUGGCUGGACUGGGUAAUUGCUCCUCAGGGGUACUCCGCAUUUUACUGCGAGGGGGAAUGCUCAUUUCCACUGGACUCUUGUAUGAAUGCUACCAACCAUGCCAUCCUACAGUCACUGGUUCAUCUCAUGAAGCCAGAAAGUGUUCCUAAAGCUUGCUGUGCGCCCACAAAACUCUCAGCAACGUCAGUCCUUUAUUAUGACAACAAUAACAAUGUAAUACUGAAAAAGCACCGGAACAUGGUAGUUAAGUCCUGUGGAUGCCAUUAAAGAAGAUGAAUUAUCCUUAUUUGCACUGAAACAAAGAAUUUCUCAACAUAUUUAUGUAACAUUUUUGACAUGAAAUCUAUUGUAUAAAUCAAUAA